GCCUUGCCCCCCCGCCCUCGCCAUAAAACUAGCUCCGCGCAUCGAGAUGGGGAGGAACCAGAAGGCGCCCGCCGUUCCGCUGGUGUCCUUAACCCACAAUCUGACCCGGGCGGAAAUCCAGGCUGAUCUUGACCAAGUCGCGGGCUGCGUGACGGGCGCUGGCAUGGACGCCGCUCGGCCGGAUGCGAGCGGUUCCACAGAUGAUGAGGGUGACUAUUACGCUGUGGAGAAGCUUCUGGCAAUGAGGGUGAGGAAGGGAGUGCGGAAGUUCAAGGUUAGAUGGAGGGGCUGUGGGCCUGAUGAGGACCAAUGGGUCGAAGAUGCAGACCUAGGGGAGGAUCCUAUGUCAUUCAAGAUGGAGAGCAGUCUCCUGGCUCAGCUGCAGGAGGAAGCAUCAGGAAAUGCUGCCAAACCCAUGGCAGAAGGGCAGAGAGCAGCCCCUUCCAAUGCUGCAUCCUCCCCCAAAAGCCAAAAGGACCACGCCGAAGAUGCUGACUUGCCACCAGCAGAUGCCAGCCAUCAGGAGGAGCCCCAGGCCCCCUGCGAUGUUAGCAACAAAUUACCAGCCGAUGCACAGUGCGAUGAAGCAAAUAUCAUGCAGGAAGUGCAAGAUGCACCAUGUGAUUUAGCCGACACCAAGCACGAAGAACAAGGGAAGGCUGGGAGGGCAGAAUCGGGCUGCACGGAAAAUGCAAGUGUGGAAGUAGCCGCUGCUGAGUUGACAGUGGACGACAUGCUGGCUGCGACGACCGCUGCUUCAGAUGGCAUGGAUGUGGAUGCCCCAGCUCCUCCCUGUGUACCAGAAGUCAGGGAUGAAGUAGAAAAGGCAGCAGAACCCCCUGAGCUGGUUGCAGUGGAAAUGCUGCUCAGCCGCAAAGAGGUGGCUGACGGCACAGUGCUGUACUUGGUGAGGUGGGAAGGGAUGGGGCCUGAGCAGGACAUUUGGGUGCCUGAUUGCAACUUGGAACGGCCAGUUUCAGAAUACAAGAUGACAGCAGACGUGGCAGCAGCAGUAGGAAUGCCCCACAUCGGAGCUCGCAAGGGAUGCACACAUGCCACUGAAAGAGCAAAGCAGAACUCCAAGUGGAAGCGAGUGGAGGAGCUGUGCAGUGAACGGAACUCACAAACAGGGAGCGAGCCAGAAGAAAUGGAUGUGGAUGAUGAGGCCGAAAACAACCGAGUGGAGGUCGGACCAAGUUUGGUGGCAGCUGCUGCUGUGACUGAUGCUGAUGGAGGGGAAGAUGGCGAUGAUGAUGAGUUCUAUGAGGUAGAGCGCAUUGUUGACAUGAAAACGUCUCCAACCAAAAGUGGCAAGAGGUUGUCGUUCAAAGUUCGAUGGAAGGGGUACGGUUCUGAUGAGGACACGUGGGUGCAAGAGGGCGACUUGGGUGACAAACCCAGCAACUACAGCAUGGAACCCAAGGUCCAGGAAAAGUUGGAGAGGAUUGCAAAGACGCCAACACCCCAGAAGAAGCGAAAGCGGGCAUCCUCCACGCCCAUCAGGGGGAAAAAAGGGCUUGGCGUGGAUAGUGUUCGUGGUACACCUAAGGGGAAGAGAGCGCCGAAGGAGAAACGAACCUUGGGUUCAAGGUGA